AUGGAUUACAGAAGCCAACAAAAUCAAAGUUCACACAACACAUCCAGUCCGACACACAGCAACAACAGCAGCAAAAAACUCGAUAUAAAACUGGAGGACGAAGACAAAAACAACAACAAGAAUUCGAAACCUAAUGAAACACUUGAUAGUAUGCCAAUUGAAAAUAUCAUUUUCGAUUUUUCUCCAAGUAAAAAAACUGAGGAACCAACCACUACAUCCUCAACGGCUGCGUCAUCCUCACAAAACAAAUUGAAAGGAAAACAAUUGGAAUUCCAUGACAAUACCAUUGAUAUAAUGCCACCUCAUAACGAUGAUGAUCAAACAACAAUGAUGAUAAGUGGCAAAUCGGCUGAUAGUUCCAGUGUGGUUAUACUGACCCCAGCCACACAAGAUAUUAUCUUUCUGGAUGAUACGAGUAAUGAGUUUAGUGAUAUUAAUACCAUGGAUCUGCUGGCAGAUGUACAAAAACAAGAAACAGAAUAUUUGGAAAAUCUCAAGAGAUAUGAAAGUAAAAGCAUUGAAAAACAGCUAAGACAGGAGGUCAAACAACAACCCCUAAAAUCCAAAGAAGAGAAAAAACACAACUUCAUCAAACCCGCUGCUUUGAUAAAAAAGGAAAAAGAAUCUCAAAAUUUAAUGGAAACUAAAAUGAAAACUGUAUUGGAAAAUGAUUUAAAGGCUUGCAGUUCUUCCUAUUCUUCUUCGAAAAAACCAAUAUGCCAAAAUCCCCUACUGGCUAAUGACGAUGAUGAGGAGGAAUACGAAGAAGAAGAGGAGGAUGCCAUGCCCAAACCCAUUAUUGUCAAACGGGAACCCUUGGAGAAAAAUGUAAUGCAUAAUAAAAAAUUAAGCCUAAAGGAGAGAUUUAAUAUAGACUGUGAAGAAUGUGAAAAGCUUUUACGUCUUUUGCCAAAUACAUUAAGUGAUCGUGAAAUCGAAAUGCAUUUACAAAAAUGUAAAUUUCAUAAUCGUCAAGAUUUUAUGCGUCAAAAUACCCCCGAAAAUUUCUGGAAUCCUUUUAUUCUGUCAUUCGAUGAAAACGAUCCCAGAAACGAAAUAUUAAUCGAUACACGUUUUAAGGAUAAGAAGGGACACUGA